AUGGCAUACGUUCCCAUACACGACCGCGUCGACGAAUCCCGCCUCCCCCGCGACCCUCUUUACGGCCCGCCCGACCUCGACCCCUCUGUGCCCAUGGCUGAGCACGACGAGUACGGGUACAGCUCCGAGGCGGAGGGACUCGAGGAGGUCGACGCCGGGCCGAGCAGGAAGCGGCGGCGCGAGGACGAGUCGAAUGGCGAGUACGCCGACUAUGGCCACGACGAGCAGCAGCCCUUGAGCUCGGCGCACCACCAGCCGCGACAGCAGCAGCACCAGCAGCACCCGUCCUCGGUCCCCAUCCAGCCGUCCAUCUUCGGCAUCGCCCCGCGCAACGAGUUUACCAAGACGAUUGGCGAGUUUCUCAUGGCACACUGCCGCGGCGUGGACAAUGUCGAGGUGGAGAUCAAGCUCGGCACACUGCACGCACAGGCGCCCGAGGGCCAGCAGCAGCGCCGCAUCCGCAUGCCGUCCAUGACGGAGAUGGUCAUGCCGCGCGACUAUCCCGUCGGCUCGUUUGCGUCCACCAUGACCAAAAAGCAGCACGCCUCGUUCAACCGGCUGCUGAACCAGGCCGUCGAGGGCGCGGCGCACUCGCCGGCCCCGCUGCGCUUCUACCGCGCGCAGCACGUCGACAACUUCCACAGCGGGCCCGAGGGCAAGGUGCGCGUGUCGCGCGACCGCGAGGGCAACGUCAUCCGCGGCGGGGUGGUGCGUAAGCGCCGCCUGGCCGACUUGAACAUUUGCAGUCCGCGCGAGGCGUUUGACUGGCGCGUCAGUGCCAGUGUCGAAGACCCAGCCGAGAUGCCUCACGGCCCCGCACUGAGUACCCGCGACAAGGACCGCGCGUGCUACAAGCACCAGCUGUGCCAGGUCGACCUGACCGUCGUGUCUGCAAAGAAUUCGCCAAGGGAUCCCAAGCCGACCAUCAGCUACGAGCUCGAAAUCGAGGUGCUCGAUGUACCUGCGCUCAUUGCCGAGGGAGAAAAGGAGGAGCGGGGAGAGGAGAAUCGCUUCGACGACAUGCUCCAGAGCGUCCUCGACACGGCGAGGAUGCUUAUCCGCAAUGUAUAG